AUGGCGGAGGAGAGAAGGGUUUGUGUGACUGGGGCGGGAGGUUUCGUCGCCUCAUGGCUGGUGAAGCUGCUCCUCUCCAAGGGGUUCGUCGUCCACGGCACAGUGAGAGAUCCAAGUACGGAGGACUCUCUAUUCCCCCACCCAGGCCCAUACCGUGUUACUGGGCAUCGUGUGGUUUUCUUGCCGAUUUUCGUUUGGACUCUAUUUACCCCUGUCCGCUUCUUUCUCCUACGAAAUGGGGAUUUUCAGUGAAGCUUCGAAGUGUAUAUUUUCGGAUGUCUUGGGAUUAUGCCAGCAUGAUUUUCACUUGUCGACCCUAGAUUCCUCUGAGAUCCAACUACUGAUUUCAGUUGAUCCGAAGAAUGUCCACUUGAAGAGAUUGGAGAACGCGGCGAACCUGAAACUUUUCAAGGCAGACUUGCUUGAUUAUGAAUCUUUGUCCGCUGCCAUUGCUGGAUGCGAGGGAGUUUUCCAUGCAGCAUGCCCAGUUCCUUUGGGAAACAUUCUUGACCCCGAGGUAAGAUUGCUAGUCGUAGAUUGUUCUGUCGGUUUUAGGGCGCUCUCUUUUACCGUCCGAUGGUACAAAGUCCUAAAGACAUUUAUUUCUUUUUCACGAGGGAAAUGUAUGAACUAUAGCGAUAUUUAGCUGAUCGUGACAGCAAAAUUUUCAUUUUGAGAAACUUUCUAUGCAUGCGAACCUGUUCUAGUGAGCAUUAUGGCGAUCCCCAUACGCUGAUCAAACAUUCUCUUUUGAAAAAGUCUAAAACGUUUUUCUUUUUUGCUGGGCUCUCCUUUCAUGUCGCCAUUUGUUUAUCGGAUGCCAGUUAACAUGGUGAAUACCAUUUUUUUUUUUGAAUGAGAUCUUUCUUCCUCUUCAGUUUUACCUAUUCGCACAAUGUUUAAUAAUCAGCUUGUUUAUGCUCCAUAGGUCUACAAUGGAUGAUUGAUCAGGUCAGAGCAUCUGUAGGACUUAUGUCGAUGUUGAUAUUUUCCUUGUAGGCUAUUCCCAUGGAUACCUAAAGAAACGGCCUUUAUACCUCAUAAUUCCCAGUUAGGUUACCUUAAUUAAGCUGUGUCCAAACUGACCCACUACUUCAGCUAGUGACGAUGUCAAACAACAAUAAAAUUCAUUGGGGACCUUUUCUCCUCUGGUCAUGUUGUUGCAGGCAGAUAUGGUUCGCCCUGCAGUUGAUGGAACGCUCAAUGUUCUCAAAGCAUGCUCUGAGGCAAACGUUAGGCGGCUUGUUCUGGUUUCAUCUGUUUCUGCUGUGCUUUGGAACCCCAAUUGGCCGUUCGAUAAGAUAGUGGACGAGAAUUGUUGGUCAGACAAGAAAUUCUGCAGGGAAACUGAGGUAACACGCUGUGCACCUGCCUGGUUUAUUGAAAUUGUGAAGUGGGUUGAUUACUUGCCUUUCGAUCAUCUAUGAUGAGAAUAUUCGGGUGAUUUUGGCUGCUAAGAACUAUAUAUUACCUAACGUCAUCCAUUCUCAACUACGUUAUUAUGAGUGUAGAUUACUAAGCUUGGCAAUUGGGCAGUCUACUUUAAUUACAGUCUGUAGCAUUGUGCUUUGUUUCAGUACAAAAACAAUCCUGAAAAAUAGUAAUAAUUUAAAGAGCCUAAAACUUUUUCCUCCUUUUCACCGAAAAAUUACUCUUUUAUGGAAGCUUUGAAUAAUAAUGAACGCAACUCUUCAUUGACUUACAUUCUGUAGUUUUUUGUCAUGCCACAAUUGCUGUUCAUUUUCAUCUAUCUGGUGCAGAUGUGGUAUGAAUUUGCCAAGACAGUAGCAGAAGAAAAGGCUCUUGAGUAUUCCAAGUCAAGCGGACUUGAUGUUGUAGUGGUUUGCCCACCUGUGAUAUUCGGUCCAAUACUCCAACCAACAGUAAAUACAAGUAGCAAGUGUCUCAUUAACUUUUUGAAAGGUAUUCCCUAUACUGAAGCUGUCAAUUAUCAUCUUCUUGGUUUUGGUACCUGGAUUUUAUUGUGAAUGCUUAGCUUUUUUAGAUGAAUAGAGAAUGAUAUUUUCUGUUUGAAUUCAAUUCAAUGUCAUUAUAGUCAUUACUACUGGAGGCAUAAUGGAAGAACUGUCAGAUAAUCAAUUCAUUCGAACAGGGGAAAGUGUUUUACGAUAUGCUCAUUAAUUCAUGUCUAGGGAGAUGGUUUCAUGUUGUAUUUUAUCAUAGGUUAGACUCAUACUCUGCAUUGAGCCUAUGCACAUACGCUGCACAUUAUUCUUGUAUGGUCUUAUCUUGGCUACCUUCAGUUUCUCAGCUUCCUGUUAUUCUUGGUUGGUGUAAAUAGGGAAACGGGUGUCGGUAUUGACGUAUCAUAUUCUAUACUUGGUUGAUGUUAGAGACGUUGCCGAUGCACUACUUCUCGUCUAUGAGAAGCCAGAGGCCAGUGGAAGAUAUAUAUGCAGUUCUUACUGCAUAGAGACGUGUGAUUUCCUUGGCAAAUUGAAGAGCAUGUAUCCACAUUUUCCUUACCCAGAUUGGUAUGCUUUUCAUUCUCUGGUGAUAUGGAAUGUAAUUCUAUAUGCAUGCAUAUCAUAAGAUGGUUUUAUUUCCUUACCUUCAUGAUAUGUGGGUUUUUCUAAUUUCAGUCCUUAUGAGGCAAAGCCAUAUCAUCAGCUGAGCUCAGAGAAGCUAAAGCAGUUGGGUUGGACUUACAUGACGAUAGAAGAAUCCAUUAGAGAUAAUGUGGAAGAUUUCCUGGAGAAAAGCCUGCUGGAUGUGAAUUGA